AUGCAGCUACGCCUCGAGCACGAGCACGCGGGUCCGAGCACGACGGAGGAGGAGGGGGAGGUGUGCGCGGGCACCAAGUGCGCGCUCGAGUUGUGGCGCCUCAUCCAGGAGCGGGUCCAAGCCGAGGCGAGUGGGAACACUCGAGGCCCGGGGGAGGCCACGAGGGCUGCGGCACCGACCUUAGACGUCGAAACCCUGCGCCGACGGCUCCAGGAGGAUGCGGAUGCCCGCGCGACAUCCGGCAAGGCGGCGCUGAAUCGUCCUGAGCGUGGGCCGAGUGUCGGGGUCGUUAUCGAGCCUGCGAGCGCACCUAGCGUUGCUCUGGCGGCAGACCACACGGAUACCCUCGUCAGGCUUGUCAUGGAGAGGGCGGCCGCGAAGCAGGCGAGCCCGAAGCGUACUAGGCUUAUCAUGGGAGGGACCGAUGUGAGUCAGGAACUAGACGUCAUGGACCGCAGACCAGAGGACAGAACGUAUCCACCCGGCCUCCUCGAUGACGAUCUCAUCAUCCUCCUUCUCCCCCACUUGCACUGUCCCGAGGUGCCGGCCCACAGCAGCAUUGUGGCCGUGAUGAACCCCCGAGCACUCUUUGCGGAACCUGGCGACACCGCGAAGGAGGGAAGCGAGAUCCGCGCGCGGGUGGUCCACGUCAACCCCCCCGCUGACCGGAGAUGCGUCGGGGCCGUAAACCCCUGGCUCGUAUGGACCGUCGUGUCCAUGUGGAUCGAAGUGGAGUGGCGUGCGCUCAACCACGACGUCGCGUUCCCCACUAUCGCCGCCCUGCGCAUGGCAGCUGUCCCAUUCAAUAGCGUGGAGGAGGAGGGGGAGGAGGGGGAGGAGCGGGAGGAGGAGGAGGAGGAGGCGGAGGAGGAGGAGGAGGAGCCGGGAGAGGAGGAGGUGGUGGUGGUGGUGAACGGGGAGAAGGAUGGAGUGAUGGAUGAGGGCAGACAGCGGAGCGGGUCGUUUCGGUGGGGGGGGGGAGCAUCGGAAGGGCAGCCGACCAGAGGAGGGGGGGGGGAGGUAGCACCGAAGGAGGGAGAUGAUCACGGGCAGGUAAAGACAGGGAAUGAGGGGCCAGGGGAGCAGGAGGCACCGACCUUGACAGCGGCGGGGGAGGGGGAAGAGGGGCUGCUGCUGGGGAGGGGGGAGCGGGAGGUGGGGGGCGAGGGGGGGGAGGAGGAGGAGGAGGAGGAGGAGGAGGAGGAGGAGGAGGAGGAGGAGGAGGAGGAGGAGGAGGAGGAGGAGGAGGAGGAGGAGGAGGAGGAGGAGGAGGGGAACGGGGAGAAGGAUGGAGUGAUGCAUGAGGGCGCACGGUGGAACGGGCCGUUUCUGUGGGGGGGAGAAUCUUCGGAAGGGCAGGCGACUGAAGGGGGGGGUAGGGAGGUAGUGCCGAAGGAGGGAGGUGGGAAUAAGCGGGUGGAGGCAGAGACCGAGGGGCCAAGGAAGCAGGAGGCGCCGACGUUGACAGCAGAGGGGGGAGGAGAGGAGGGACUGCUGCUGGGGAGGGAGACGCGGAGUCCGGAGGAGGAGGGGGGGGAUCCGUGGCGGGUGGAUGAUACACCACAGCCUCGAGACGUGGAUGCGCGAACCCUAGCCCCCCCUUGUGCGGGCUUGAUCCGGGAUGCCGAUGCCCUUGCACUGAUCCCCAAGGGGCAUGCGGUAGGUGUUUGGGAGUCAGGGAGUGAAACGUGGCCUAAAGGUAGAGAGCGAGAUCACCUCAUUCUCAUCGAGUACCACAAGGCGUGCUUGCAGCGGCUGGACCGCCAGCGGGUGGGGGACGCUAAAUUGUCGCCUGAAGACGAGGAGUGGGUUCAUUCUAUGAUUCCAAACUCCGCCCCGACGCUCCGAGAAGGAAAUGCGGCGAUCCAUCGCUUGAACGGGAGAGGAUACGACGGAGAGAGGCGCCGUGCAUCACGCCCUGCGCCUCCACAGAAAGGGAGGAGCACGAAUCGCGAGAGCGAGCCGGUGGAGGAGCCGACGAACGGGCCAAUGGGGGGGGAGGCGUCGCAACAGACGGAGAAGGCGGAGGUACGGGAGAAGCUGCGGGUGAGGGCGAGGCGGGGGGGAGGGGGGGUAGCGCAGCCGAUCGAGGGGGCGGGGGAGAAGGUAGCGCCGAAGGUGGGGACGAAGGGGAAUACGACGCGGCGUGCGCAGGGUCGGAAGGGUUUGCACGUGCCACAGAGCCGGGGGGUCGGGGUGCAAAGGAAGAGGAAGAGGACCGAUGAGGAGGGGGAGGAGGAGGUGAAGGAGGAAGUGAAGGGGGAGGGGGGUGAGGUGAGGGAGGGAGUGGAGGAGAAGGGGGCGAGGAAGAAGGAGUGCAAGGCCGGGAAGGCAGGUGAGGAAUCGGAGGACGUGGUGGAGGUGGCGGCCCAGCUGCAGACGGACUCGCCGGCUGUCAUGGAGGGCCUCAAGGCGGCCGUGCGGGGCCACGGCCGGCGGGGUGGGGUGAAGGAGGAGGUGAAUGAGGCGGAGGAUGAGGUGAAUGAGGGAGUGAAGGAGAAGGAGGGCGAGGAGGAUGACGUGGUGGAGGUCUCGGCGGCCCAGCUGCAUGCGGACUCGCCGGCUGUCAUGGAGGGCUCCGAGGCGGCCGUGCUGGGCCACCGCUGGCGGGGGGGGGGCGGGAAGGCCGCCCCGGUCGAUGAGGGGCACAGCGACUCCAAGGGUCGAGGGCGAAAGCUAGAGGCCUCCGAGGGGAGAACAGCACAGCAGGAGAAAGUGCGUUCUAAGAGCGGUGGGGUGCGGCCAUGCAAGAAGAGGAACGGCUACUUUAUAGCGGAACCGUGGCUGGGCAAGAGGCGGUUCUGGAUCGCCCGGGUUCGGCACGCGGACGAAGCGCGGUACAUCACCGCCGUGGCGCACAUGGCCUUCUACAAGACAGUUAAGCGGGUGGAGAUCGGAGCUGGAGAGGUGGCGGACUGGCAAGCGGAUCUGGAUAUCGCCAGGCUGAUCCCUCCGGGCAUGUGGAGCGCCAUGGUCGAACGCGGUCUCGCCUCGUCCGCUGAUUGGUGGCGGAAAAUGUUCGAGUGGUUCCGACAACACCGCUCCCGGCACGACUCGGCGUCCAUCCACGCGUUGCUUGGCGCAAUGGUGGGGGCACGGGCAGCGACUGCUGCAAAACGGGCCGUGCCGUCAUACGAUGUGGCAAUAGCGUGCGGCUUUGCGGCGGUCAGCGCGUCUCUGGAUGAGAAAAUAUUGAAUGCGACCGACGAGGCCAAAUUUGCGGCAACGAUGUUGGGUGCGGACACUGCUACGGCUGAUGUGUUCAGUGCCGUGGCCUAUACUGCGGUGCAAGCUGUUGUCAAUUUUAACAAGCAGCGUGAAGAUGCCAACGCCUUGGUCGCGAUUUGCACUUUGGUGGGGGUGGAGGCAGAGGUGUAUCAGUAG